CCGCGCCGGGCCGGAAGCAAAUACGGAGCAUCCCCGGGGACUUCACCGGAAAAGUGGACAGCAGCACUCCGCGGAGCGCCGGGCGAGAUGGGGUUCAUCGGCGACCAGGUGGAGUCGAUCCGCUCGAUGCAGGUCCGCCAGGUGCUCGCGCAGAUCAUCAGCCUCGGUAUGAUUGUUACGUCGGCAUUGAUCAUAUGGAAGGGGUUGAUGGUUGCGACUGGGAGUGAGUCCCCGGUGGUCGUGGUUCUUUCUGGUAGCAUGGAGCCUGGAUUCAAAAGGGGUGAUAUCCUGUUUUUGCGCAUGAGCAAAGAACCCAUCCGUACUGGAGAAAUAGUUGUUUUUAAUGUUGAUGGCCGUGACAUUCCAAUUGUUCACCGUGUGAUUAAGGUUCAUGAACGCCAGGAAAGUGCUGAAGUUGACAUCCUCACGAAAGGUGACAACAAUUUUGGGGAUGACCGACUGCUGUACGCACAAGGUCAGCUGUGGCUUCAGCAGCAUCACAUCAUGGGGCGGGCUGUAGGCUAUCUUCCAUACGUUGGGUGGGUUACCAUUGUGAUGACUGAGAAGCCGAUCAUCAAGUACCUUCUGAUCGGCGCGCUGGGCCUGCUGGUGAUAACGUCGAAAGACUGAAAAUUCCACCUUGUCACAGGGUCGUAGUUUGGUCUUGUAGUAGCGCAGAAGUAACCGGCAGCUGAACAUGUUGCAUCGUGUAUUGAAUGGAAGUUUCCAUGUAUCUGUUUUGACUUCUGAAUAUGUAUCUGGCCCGCCGCACAAGGUGUUAUGCAACACUCAUCUUCUGAUAGUCCUAACUAAUGAUAUCAAUCUGGUUAUUGCAUUGAAUAAAAGUAAACUUUAGUUGCA